CCUACUUUCUGGGGGCUCACUAGUUGUGCUACUUUACCGCAAAACUCCACCGGCUCUGCUUUUCUAUACCCCAGCCAUUGCAGUCUCGCUCAUGAUCAAGAUCUGAUCACUGAUAGACAUCGGUCACGCCACCCAUUCAGCAAUUCCACGUCAGAAGAGCAAACCAUGUAAGAAAAACCAGCGGAGAUGCCGCGCAAAAAGCCCACAGAAACCACCAAACCUAUAAAAACUCGCAGCCGCGGCAGCUGCAAAGAAUGCCGUACGAGCCGGGUGCGCUGCGACACUAAGAAACCGGCGUGCACGCGCUGUUGCGAGCGGGGCCUGACAUGCUCCACGGAUCUUGUCCUCAAGUGGGAGUCUGACUUUGCGAGCCGCGGGUUGGCGUUUGGUAGAGCGGGCGUUUGGAGGAAGGAUGGUUCAAAGCUCUCCCCACCGGCUUCUUCUUCUAUCUUGGGCGGGGACGAGCAUGCGUGGUGUGUUCUGCCGCCGAUAGAAAGAUGGGGUUACGUGAAUAGUGGAGUGGGGAGUUUUGAGAGGCCGGAUUGGGUUGAUGUUGUUGCCUGUGAGGAUGAGGUAGAAGGGAUUCUGACCCCUGUUUCUGACUAUGAUGGGUUGAAUCGAGAGCCACAGGGAGCAGUGUUCAAACGGCUUCCCUCGCCGGCGCCUUCGUUGGCCUUGUUCCCCCAAGUUUCGGAGUCUUCUGGCCAUCUUUUCGAGUACUAUGUCCAGCAGGUGUGCCCGCGGACCACAGCUAGCUCAAAGCAACCGUCUCCGUUUGCGUCUAUCAUCCUGCCCUUCUCUCUGUCUGCAUCGUCGACGCUAUUCUCGGCGAUACAGGCCUUGGGUGCAUGCCAUCGCUCGCGCUUUGAUGGCUCGUACAGAAUGGUCGGGCUACGGCACAAGGCAGCCGCGCUGAAGGGUCUACGGCAGCGGCUCGCGACAGCGUCUACAGCAAGCUGGGCUACGGAUCCGGAAUUACUCGCUGUCAUGGUGAUGCUCUGUCUAUAUGAAAUUGUGGACAACUGUUCCCAACAGUGGACAGUUCACCUAAAAGGCGCCAAGGAUUUCAUCCGCCUACGGCGACGACAGCAACAGCAGCAAAAGACCUUAUCGAAGUCGCAUGAUGCCCAAGACUCCGUGUCUACCUUUGCGGAGCGUUUCUUCGCCUUCCAGGACGUCAUGGGCCGGACCGCGUGCGGGGAGAAAGUCCUCUUCGGAAGUGACUACUGGGCGGAGAACGAGCGCACUAUCGACCUGUGGAUGGGGUGUAGUCCCGAACUAGCAUCCAUCCUAUCCUACAUCACAGAGCUCAGUCGCACGCGACGACAACUAGACUCUGAUUCCGCACGCGCGCAAUUCUCCCUCCGCGCCGCCUCCCUAGGAACCAAACUAGAAACCCUAGUCCAGGAGGUCCCCAACGGCGAAGACCAAACCCUCCAGUCCGCCGCAGAGAUGAAACGCCUCGCAGCAGUCCUGUACCUGCACUGCGCGCUCUGCGGCGCAUCACCAACGACGCCACUAGUCGCCAGCUACGUCCGCCGCAUCCUGAGACUCGUCUCUGACCUCCUCGACUCCGGAUCAUUCGUCAGCAUGACUUGGCCUGUUUUCGUCGCUGCCGUGGAGCUGGACCCCGCGCAGGACGAGCUCUGGCUCGAAACUCCCCAUCAUGCCGCUGCGUACGGGCGUCCGCUCGUGCUGCGUGCUUUGGCGGCCAUGGCAGAGUCCAGCGUGUCCAACGUAGCGCGCACUCGCGCCGUAGUUGCUAAGGUGUGGCAGGCUCGCGAUGGGGAUAUGACCAAGGCGCCCCCACUAGAUGCGUUGGGGAUGAGUGCGAAUUGCAAUGAUUGGGAGUGGUAUGUGGCGCCGAUUAGCACGGCGAUGAGUUUGGCAUGAUCAUUCAUGGAAGAGCCCUUGAUUCUUGGUUCACAGCCAUCUUAUGUUGGUUUUAUUGGUUGUUGUUGUUUCGGGAGUUAUGGAAUUGGCUUUAG